CAGGAGCACGGAGCAGGCAGGAGAGCUGAAGCGGUAUUCCUUCUGGAAAGCGGUGUUUAAGACAUUUCUUGAUUCAUUUAUGGGACAUUUCACGUUAAGUAAACAUCAUAAACUACAUAUUUCAAGAAUGCUUUAUGCUGGUAUGCUAUAUAAAGUGGCAUAUAUGUAGGUCAAUUCACUGUUUUGAUGUCCGACUUUGUUAGUGAAGUAAUUUCCCGCUAGGUGGCGGAACUGAAUCGUAUUUAUGUCGUACACGUGCUGAUGUCAACAUAAAAACACAUAUUCGUUGUAUCAACGUUUAAAAUGAGUGUCGAAGUGAAGACUCCGACACGGACUCAGUUCGAGCACACUGAGUUCCAUUGUGGCGAGAAGCAGUUAACAAGCCAAUCUCCACCGUUGAGAAAAUUUUCAUUCGCCGACAAUAAGAGCCAGAAUGAAGGGAAACAGGUCCGGAAACGUCGCGUUAGCCAGUUUCGUGCAGAGACGAAUCAACAACACCAGACAUUUGGCUUCAAGCGGAAAAGGCUCAAGUCCAUGCCAUCAGAAACAAUAGUGCUUCCAACAAAAUUUCUUCUUGGAGGAAAUAUCAAUGAUCCUUUGAACUUGAAUAGUAUGAAUGAUAAGGAAAUUGACAAGGUGUUAAAUGAGAAAACUCCAGUGUCCUCACCCUUGCCAACUCCACUUCAUAGGCAAAAGGUUGAGGUUCAUAUUCCAACAAACAUCACUGACCCUUUGAACCUUAAUUUAGAUGAGGACUGGAAUUUAACGAAAGGUGCUAAUCGCAACAAGAAAAAGCGCCAACACAAAAAUAAGAAAAAAGGAGACUGCAGUCAAAACACGUCGGCAUCAUCAGUUAUGUCAGCAUCAGUUUUGAAAGAGCCUUGCUCUGAGAAACGAAAAGGUCUUCUGGAAGCAUUAAGAAUAGAAAUUGAUGAUGAUGACACUGCCGUCCAAAUGGCUUCAGAUACACGAAAUGUAUCUGCAUUAUCAACAGAGACAGAAAAUUCAAAGACUGUGACAGUUAAUGUUCCUAAUGCAGAUAAGAUAGUUUCACCUGUUGUCCCACAGAUUUCACCUAGUAAUUCAUUUUACCGACGCCGACGGCGGACACUUAGCAUGAGUGAUGCAAAACCUGAACCAUCAUCAUCAGUGGUGCGAUCAAUUUUGAGAACAUCAUUAAGUCCUCCAAGAUCAUCGCUAGAUCUAGACAAGAUCACACCACCAAAAAAGUUAAAAAGACAAUUUAGUCAAAAACCUGUAGAAAAGACAGCUUCUUGUUCAAGUUUAAACAAGCAGUUUUCUAAAAAAGGAAAAUUCGUCUAUGGCAACUACAAUAGAUAUUAUGGGUACAGAAAUCCUGACACUGCAGAUGAUUACAGGCUAAUGUCUUUCAGGAAAGAGUGGUUUGAGGGAAAGGAUGCAAUUGACAUUGGAUGCAAUGUUGGUCAUGUGACAUUGGCUAUAGCAAAAGAAAUGCAUCCUCGAAAGAUUAUAGGGAUUGACAUUGAUUCUAGUCUGAUUGCUGCUGCUAGGAAAAAUGUGAGGCAUUACAUCUCAAAAGAGAAUAUGGGUUGUGGAAGUUUUCCAAUCUCCAAUACUCUGAAUUAUGGUCCAAUUGCUGCUCCACCUGUGAAUGAAGUCUACAGCUUUCCAAAAUUUCCACACAAUGUUGUCUUUGUACAGGGUAACUAUGUACUGGAGAGAGAAGAAUUACUGGAACUGCAGAAAGAAGAUUAUGAUGUCAUCUUAGCUCUAAGUCUUACCAAAUGGGUUCACCUUAAUUUUGGUGAUGAUGGACUAAAGCGAAUGUUUAAGAGAAUUUAUCGGCAGCUGCGGCCAGGGGGACGGCUGAUCUUAGAGCCUCAGCCAUGGUCUUCCUACAAGAAGAAGAAGAAGCUCACACCGGAGAUUUUUGAGAACUUCAAAAGAAUUUCUCUAAAGCCAGAGCAGUUCUCAGACUACCUGUUGUCUAAAGAGGUUGGAUUCUCCACUUGUGAGGUUGUAGACACUCCCUUCAACAAGUCCAAAGGUUUCCGCAGGACUAUCCAGCUCUUCACAAAAGCAGAAACUGCAGCUAACAGCCCAAAACAAGAUGAACCUGCAACUAAUAAUGAAACUAUUAGCAGCCAGAAACAGGACUCAAAAACUGAUGGGACAACCACUUGCAGCCCAAAACAGGAUAACUCGGCAACUAAUAAUGAGACAACAACUUGCAGCCCAAAACAGGAUAACUCUGCAAUCGAUACAGCAGUGAAGGCUUCAACAGAAUCAAAUCCAGAUCAACCUUCUGAAGCCAUGGAAACAUUUGUUACACUAAAUACGACAGAGGCAGAAGAGUGCAGACAGUAGAAUGAAUGGGUUUUAGAACUGAAGAAACUUUUGGUUAUUUUGAAUUGUAACAUUAUCAAGAUGUAAAUACAAUACACUGAUAUAAA